AUGGGGAUUUCCUGCUGCUCAGUAUAUAUUCCAGCAUUAGGCCGUUUUUUGAUGGUAGUAACAUUUAUUGAAGAUACAGUACGAAUCUUAACACAGAUGCGGGGGCAACUAUAUUAUUUGCAUGCAUAUCGGCAUUUUUAUCGUGGGUUAAGUCAUGCUUUUCUUAUCCUUAAUGUAAUUGCUAUGUCAAUUGGAUCUAUUAUGGUUGUUAUACGCAAAAAAUCUGAAAUUGCUGUUGGAAUACUAUUUGGUGUCAUCAUUUCUCAAGCCAUUGGUUAUGGACUAGUUUUUGAUAGAACACUUUUUUUUCGAAAUUUAUCGAUUACAGGUGCUCUUUUGAUGGUUUUGUCUGAUUCGUGGUCGAAAAAGCCACAUUUAUUUCCGGGACUUCCUCAAAUCUCAGAAACAGAUCGAAAAAAGUAUUUUCUUGCUGUUGGUCGAGUCCUUAUAAUUUUUCUUUUUUCCGAGUUCAUUUUCAAGGAGUCUCGUACCAUCGUUCGUAUCAUUAUGUCAAUCUUUGGUCUUAUUGCGUGCUUCAUGGUCAUCAUUGGCUUCAAAGCUAAAUGGAGCGCCUUUAUUCUUGUCUGUAUACUUAAUGUUUUCAAUAUUCUCAUUAACAAUUGGUGGGACUCAAGUAUUUCCGAAUCUGAAAAGGAUUUGCUCAAAUAUGACUUUUUCCAAAUUCUUUCCAUUAUGGGCGGACUUAUUCUGCUCGUUAAUAUGGGCCCUGGCGGCUUUUCUGUUGACGAAAAGAAAAAGAUGUAUUAA